CUGCAUUAGGAACAGACAGACACGAACCUGACCGCAGGACGAUGGCGUUAACGGGGCUGCUGCUGCUGGAGUUGGGUCUGUACGCCUGCUGCUUCGUCUGUGGGAUUGUUGCCGCCGCAUCCGUCACCAUUGUCCAGGGUAAUUUUGGAGGUCGGUGCAUGCUGUAUGGACUCGUCAACUACAAUGCUACAGCAAGCCUCAUUGAUAUCAAGUCCUCCAGCUCCUCCUCUCUGUGCUACUUUGUGUCUGCCAUAUCAGUCCUGGUGGCAGUGGUGUGUUUCUCACUGUCUCUGUACUGGCUGUACUCCUUCUGCAUCGAAGGGGAAAUCAAAAGGGAGCGCUUGGGGAUGAACCUGAUUAUAGCUGCGAGUGGCUUCUUCCUGUUCUUCCUGCUCAUCUCGGGGUGCAUGUUGAAGAUCGGACGCGACUCGCUCUGCAAGUCGGUCAUAGAGAGCGUUCCCAACAUCACAAGAUGUGAAGAUGCCCAGGCCAAGAAUUGGGUCAGCCCACUUAAAGGGGAAAGGUUCUACAACAGUCUAUAUAAAGCUGAGACGGCAGUGUGGGUCAACUUCUUCUUCUGGCUUAUCAUCGGGGUUCUGGUGCUCGUCCAGAGGCGUCAGAGCUCAGGGUCAAAGUUGAUUCCAGGAGGGUAUGGAGGGUACGGUGGGCCGGCCGGGGGGCUUUUUGGUGACGCGGGGGUGACGGCUGCAGAGACUGAGCCAUUUUUCAACCGUCCCGCAAGACCACAGUGAGGACGGGCGUGGAAGAUGACUUACAGAAACACGUACAUUAGCACAACAUGAUUAUGUGGGAGUAGAUGUGGAAAACAGGUAGACACAUUCAGUGUUCAUAUUUGUCACAGUUAUUUAUUGUGUUUAACUUUAUUUGCUCCCGAGUGUUGUGAUACAAUAGAAGCAUUGCGCGUCGACGAGGAUGGGAUUCGAACCCACGCGUGCAGAGCACAAUGGAUUAGCAGUCCAUCGCCUUAACCACUCGGCCACCUCGUCAAGCUGGUGUCCCUCACUAAAAACAACAAUGUUGUCAAGCCUUUCUGUCAGGGCAUAUCUGCCACAGACUGCCACUUUAACUGCUGAUAAGAACAUUUACCUGUUUCCCACAUGUACUCACAAAAGCCACUUCAAAUGUCUGACCACUGGAUCACACAGAAAUAUAUCUAUUUGUUUACAUAACAAGAAGCAGGACAAUGUUUAUUGCAGGCAUUCAUUUUUUAUAUCAGUGUGCUACAAUUUUGGAUUUUUGAUUUGACUGGCAGAUGUGUCCUAUGUUAAAAACAUUUUCACUCAUUUUACAAAUAUUAACACAGCCCUCAAAAGCCUAAAGUCUUUUUUUUUUUUUUUUUUUGAAAAGUUCCACUCUGUGCCCACUAAUUUUAUUUCUAUGAGUUGCCUCUGUUCUUUAUUUAUAAUUAAUUAUUUUAUGUGACAUUGAGGCUGAUUGUCGUUUCUGUUCAUUUUGUCUGGAAAUGUUUGCCAUGUGAUCUUGGAUAGUCCAGUCUGUCACACUAUGUGAACAUAACCACUGCUUAUAGAAAGACUUGCUAUGGCUCAAAACAACCACAGUAACCUUAUAUUAAAUUAUGCAACACAUAAAUGGAUUUUUACUUUUAGGUAUGAUAUUUGCUCCCACCAUAACUUUUACAUCUAAUAUCCUGUCUAGGUGCUCAUCAACAGUGAUACUGUGUUUGGGAUAUUGCACCUUAGGAGUUAAUGUACCUUAAAUGUCUGUAUGUCAAGAUCUCAGCCACUUGGUUUGUAGUGAUGACACGUGGUGUGCUCCUUUUUGAACCAAUAAACCAAAGAGUUAAAACACAAAGA